AACGUUUCAAGUCAUUUUUAUAGUUAAACUGUUGUCAAACUGAGUUUUUCUUUUUUAGAAAAACAGCAGAAUAAAGAAGACAUGCGGCCGACAGGGAGACUGACCUCGUGGCUUCUCCUCCUGGUUAUGAUAACGCACGACUCUGUGGCGUCCAAGGCAGAAGACCGGCUCUUUAAGAAACUGUUCAGAAGAUACAACCCGUUCAUCCGACCUGUGGAGAACGUCUCUGACCCUGUGACUGUGGAGUUUGAGGUUUCAAUCUCACAGCUGGUCAAAGUCGAUGAAGUAAACCAAAUCAUGGAAACAAACCUGUGGCUCAGACAUAUCUGGAAUGACUACAAGCUGCGCUGGGCGCCUGCUGAGUUUGAUGGCAUCGAGUUCAUUAGAGUUCCAUCCAAUAAGAUCUGGAGACCUGACAUUGUUCUUUACAACAAUGCCGUGGGGGACUUCCUGGUCGAGGACAAGACCAAGGCUCUGCUCAAGUUCGAUGGUACCAUCACCUGGGUUCCUCCUGCUAUCUUCAAGUCCUCCUGCCCCAUGGACAUCACCUAUUUCCCCUUUGACUAUCAGAACUGCUCCAUGAAGUUUGGGUCCUGGACCUACGACAAAGCCAAGAUUGACCUGGUCCUCAUCGGUUCCAAGGUGAACCUGAAAGACUUCUGGGAAAGUGGCGAGUGGGAAAUCAUUGACGCUCCGGGCUACAAGCACGACAUCAAAUACAACUGCUGCGAGGAGAUCUACCCCGACAUCACCUACUCCUUUUACAUCCGACGCUUGCCACUCUUCUACACCAUCAACCUCAUCAUCCCCUGCCUCCUCAUCUCUUUCCUCACGGUGCUGGUUUUCUAUCUCCCAUCAGACUGUGGAGAGAAGGUCACGCUCUGUAUCUCCGUCCUGCUCUCCCUCACUGUGUUCCUGCUGGUUAUCACGGAGACCAUCCCCUCCACGUCGCUGGUCAUCCCGCUCAUCGGAGAGUACCUGCUCUUCACCAUGAUUUUCGUCACACUCAGCAUCGUCAUCACCGUGUUUGUGUUGAACGUGCACUACCGCACACCGCAGACUCACACCAUGCCCUGUUGGGUGCGCGCCGUGUUCCUUCGUGUGCUGCCGAGGAUUAUGCUGAUGCGGAGACCAAUCGGUGUGGACGUCAAGGCUGGGGGGUUGGACAGUGGGGAGGCAGGAGGAGCUGGAAGGGGAGGAGGAGGCGGAGGAGGAAAAGGAAGGAAGAAAAGGAAGAACAGAGGAGGAGGAGGGCCACUCAGCAGUCUGGAGUUUGGGGACAGUAAGGUCUCCUCUAUAGAGGGCUGUACUGAUAAGAAAUGUCCCUGCCCCUGUCAGCAUGGGAAGGACACCCCAGAAACCCCAGACGUUAGUAGGAUGACCCGUCGGCUGAGUCCACAGAGCAUUAACACGGUGGUGACCUUCUCUGUGGUUUCACCUGAGAUCAAACAAGCGAUCGAGAGCGUCAAGUACAUCGCCGAGAACAUGAGGAGCCACAACAUCGCUAAAGAGGUGGAGGACGACUGGAAGUACGUUGCCAUGGUGAUCGACAGGAUCUUCCUGUGGGUGUUUGUGACCGUGUGCGUCCUGGGGACCGUGGGCCUGUUCGUUCAACCGCUGUUUGGCUUCGUCUCGUAACCACUGCCCUGUCAGAGACCGCUUUGUCCGACACUUUGUCCACCAAUCAAGGACGAGUGGCCGAGUGACUCAGUGCUUGUUUUGACUAAUCAGAAAAAGAGGUUGAAGUCCUGAAGCUGCUGCUCCAAAUGCUGCCUUUGCUUCUUGACUUCUGCAGAGAACGGGAGCAGGUGACGGACGACGGCUGCAGGGAAGUAGAGGUUGAUUUUAGUGCUUGUCAGUUGGAGCGAAUUCAAAAACUUCAUCUUUAUUAUCAGUGCUUUUUGUGUUGAUAGUUUUCAUUAUGUUUUAUUGUUUACUAGAAUUAAAUAAAAGCUGAAACUAGAGUUUCACUUUACACAGCAUCUAAUUAUUGUGUUGUGUUAAGAUGUAAAUUUAAAUAAAAAUAACAACCAAGUUUUUACAACAUUUGUAGCCUUGCACUUCCUCCCUUUAACAUUUCUGUGGCAUUUUCACUAAAGAGAUUUAAUCAAUAAUUUGACAGGGGGCGUCAAACCACAAUCACGCUCAGGGGCAAAACUGACAACAGCUGACCUAUUCAAACAGUGGCCUGUGGACCUUAUGCGGCCCAGUCUGCGGUCACUAGAGAAAAAAAAAACAUUCAUAUUUAAUCAGAAAUUCCUCUGGUUGAACUGACCAUGAAUGACACUCACUUAGGGAGACCACCUCCAAACUGACAGAAUCAGAGUUUUUUAGAGUUAGGGUUCCUAAAAACAGUCAGUGUCUAUAUGAUUUGAUCCAAAUGUGAUUAGACACUCUUUGGUCUAAACAUUUGCCCCAGACUGAACCUAAACUGCCCUGGUCUACAGACUGACACUGUCCUGCACAGCUAACACACUAACAUACAACAGAUGUUUAUUUCACAAUUGGAGCAUCAUAACACGUUACACCCACAGUGAUUUAUCCAUCCACAUCUCUGAUCUGAUUCAUGAAGCUGCUCACUGUCAAAGCCACGGCACCACUGCGUGUUAUUUCCAGUCCUCGUUCAUAUUUCCGACAGAUUUAGCAAUGAAUCCUAAUAAACCAGGAAGAGCUGAUGUUCUGUUUGUCAUUAUGAACCCACGUCUUCUUGUUGCUGGUUGGAUGAAUGUUCCCCGGGAUAAUUGUUUGUCCUGCUUCAUAUUGGAUUAGAUCAUUCAUGAUGAGUCGCUCCAGAAAUAGUAUCAUGUUGUGUUGUCUGCACUUCAUCCAAUUGCGUGGCCGUUCUUUUGUUUUGUUUACUAUCCAGGGCCAACGUGUAUCUAAAUCUGCAUGACAGUUUUAAUUGCCUUGGCUGUGAUUACCUAAUCCCUGGAUUACAGCACAACACAAACUGAAUACUGUUCCUUCGCUAGUGCAUUUUUUUUCUCUUUUAUGCUCUAAAUAAUAUUAAACCACGUACAAAUACAAAAACUUGAAAUUAAAGUAAUAACUUCCAUAGAUUGCUCCCUGGUUCAGGUUUUAAAAUCCCCCUCUGCAGAAAUAUCUGUUGCUAUUCUUCACAAAAACCUCCGACAGACGUGUGAUUCAGCCUCAGCUGCAACAUCCAAUUAAAAUCCUGACACUUGUUAGGAUCAAAUGCAUCAUUAUGUAAAACACUGUUGUCUAAUUACAUUUAUCAAUCAGAGGACCAUCUGUCUGGCCACGGUUUACAGAAGAAGAGACACAUUGCAGAUACAGGUUUUGUAGGUCAGACUCAGUCGAUCUUUUUACCAUUACAUUACAAAAACCACUUUUGUUUAGUUUCUGAACGGAGCCCAACCUGUUAUUGGUUCAGUUUCAUUCAAAAGUGUUGAUGUAAAUGAAAACUCAAUAAAGAUCCAUGAAAACAGGCGUCACACAUUUACGACAAAACCAAAGUAAAGGACAGCUGCAGUACCAGGGG